CGGAUAGUCUUCAUUCAUCGAGAUGCCGCCUAUUAGUAAAUGAUCUCAGUAUCACCCCGCAUUUUCGCUCUCUAUCACUUUCGUCAAUGAACUUCUUCAGAGCGAUCAGACCGUACUGUGGAUCUCGAUACUUAAGGGCACAUCCCGUCAGAACCAUGCAUGUACAGUCAAUUCCUAUGUGGACGGGGAAGGGCAACAACUAUGCCUACCUUGUGACGGACGAGCCGACAAAAGAGUCCGUCAUCAUCGACCCGGCUAAUCCGCCAGAAGUGGCUCCAGAGCUUGAUGCUCAGAUCAAGGCCGGAAAAAUCAAACUCUCAGCCAUUGUCAACACGCAUCAUCACUGGGAUCAUGCUGGCGGCAACGAUGAGAUGCUGAAACAUUUUGGUAAACUCCCGGUCAUUGGAGGAAAGAACUGCAAAUCAGUCACACAGACUCCUGCACAUGGGGAGACAUUUAAGAUUGGCGAGCGCAUCUCCGUCAAAGCACUGCACACCCCCUGCCAUACUCAGGAUAGUAUCUGCUAUUAUAUGCAGGACGGGGACGAAAAGGUGGUGUUUACAGGUGACACCUUAUUCAUUGCAGGAUGUGGUCGCUUUUUCGAGGGAAAUGCUCAAGAGAUGCACAAGGCGUUGAACGAGACUCUCGCCUCGCUACCUGAUGACACCAAAGUCUACCCCGGCCAUGAGUACACCAAGAGCAACGUCAAGUUCUGUCUUGCUGUAUCUCAAUCAGAACCGAUCAAGAAGCUAGAAGCAUACGCCAAUCAGCAUCAACAGACCCAGGGAAAGUUUACUAUCGGAGACGAGAAGCUGCACAAUGUGUUCAUGAGAGUCAAUGAUCCUGAAAUUCAGAAGAAGACCGGAAAGACAGAUCCGGUGGAGGUGAUGGCAGCUUUGAGAGAGAUGAAGAAUGCUAUGUGAACAAGUGAUAUAGGAAAUAGCUUUGAAUACACC